GGAGCGCGUCCGCCCACAAAAGCCACGGCUAUCUCCCGUGUCUCCCCCUUUAAAAAAAUCAAUUGAGCACGAAAAAAAGGGAAUACGCUCAAAAUACAAACACUGGUGACGGUUGGGUUUCGGCGCGCGACGGACGGCGACGAGGCGUCCUCGCGACGUGUGGCGACAGGAGCGGCGGUGACAGGCAGGAGCAGCGAGGAGGGUGUUGUCCUGAUGCUUAAAUGGAAGUGGGUGGGCCUCUACGGUCACACACUGCCAAGUUCUCUGUGGAUAUCAAUCUGACAAGCGCCAAUUUGCUCGUUUAUGGACUGUCUGUCCGUUAAAAGGAGCGUACAGCGGGGCAGAGGAGCGUCCGACGGACCGGGGACGGUCACCGCGCUCUCCGUUGUUUCCGUUAUUUGGAGCUGCUUGAUUGUGCUGGCGCUUGGCACCGCCCUUCCUGGCCGGUGGGUGGUUUCGUCAAACGGGCAGAUCCGCCACGGCCCAGAAGCCGAACAUAUAGGCCGUCCUCCGCCUCCGUACCCGGCCGGCCUUCUACCGUGAACUACACCCUCUCGGUAUAUUAAUGCGUUAUGAGUGACUCGAAGAAGGAAUCAUCUGGAACUGAAGGAGGGAAAGCAUCUAAAAGGGGGAAAAGUUCUGGAUCGCAGGAUUCCUCUCAGCCCUCUCCGUUAGCUCUGCUAGCGGCUACCUGCAGUAAAAUCGGAGGGCAGGGGGGUGCUGAGGGGGCCCAGGCCCAAGCAGGAGCCCAGCAGAUCCAGGUUCAGGCCGGUCAGAUCCAGUUGCAGGCAGGUCAGCUCCAAGGUCAGAUAGUGGUGGACGCAGCUGGGGGUCAGACCCUGGUGCCCCAGCAGCUGGAACUGGUCCCAGCUCAGUUCACGGGGAACGGCUGGCAGAUCAUCACUGCAGCCCCCACCAUGGCCAAGGAGAACACCAGUCAACCUGUUGCUGUGACGGUUGCCACCACUUUAGCGAACGACAGCUCACCUGUUGGACGCAAGGUGAAGGCAGUAGGUGGGACCAACAGCGUUGCAGCCAGUCAGCAGCAGCAGCAGCAGCAGCAGCAGCAGUUCCAGAUCAUUCAGGUUCAGAACCUGCCCAACGCUGGGGGAGGUGUCCAGUAUCAGGUCAUACCUCAUCUGCAGACCGCAGAUGGACAGCAGAUCCAUAUCAGCCCUCAGACUGCCUCCAUCGGGGGUCUGCCUGAACAAGUUCAGCUAAUACAAACCCCAAGUUCAGGCCAGACCCAGGCUAUCCUCCAACCAGCCAACCAGCAGGCCAUCUUGACAAGUACAGCCAAUCAGACGGUCCCGUUGCAGAUCCGUCCUGCACAGUCUUUUCCGCUUCAGCUGCAGACUCUGCAAGGCUCCCAAACGCCUGUUAUGACCACAGUUCCCAUAAACCUUGGUGGUAUGACCCUGGCUUUGCCCGUGAUAAACAACGUAGCGGGGAGCGGAGCUGUGCAGCUGAUCCAAUCGGCGGACGGCACGUUCUCUGUUGCUAACGGCAACCAACUGGUGACAACAGCAGUGCCUGGAGCUACUCCUCCUACACCUGGUUCUGGAUCAACAACAGCAGUACCCGAGGGUGAGAGUGUGCCUGACGCGGCUCAAGUGGUCUCUGCCGGAUCAGAGGGUGGAUCAUCGGAAGCCCAGGUGCAGAGCAGCGAGGCAGACUCUCAAAGCCAGAACCAAGCCAACGGUCUGCAGAGUCAGACAGACACAGCGGGAGCCAUUCAGCAGGUGAUCGUGGGCCAGGUGGGGCACCAGUUGGUGCAACAGAUCCAGCUGCAGCCCCAGACUCAGAGUCCGGGUCAGGCUCAGGGCCAGCAGCAACCUCAGCACAUUCAGACGCUCCAGCUGGCCCCAGGACAAACCCUGCAGCCCAUUCAGGCCUUCCAGAACCCAGCCCAGGUCCUUAUCCGUACUCCAACCCUGUCCCCCUCCGGGCAGAUCACCUGGCAGACGCUGCAGCUGCCCGGAGGAGUCUCCCUGCAGGGCGGCCUCGGAACAGCUGUGCCACAGCAGCUGACGCUGGCCCCGGUGGCCGGCGGCACAACAGUAGGGAGCGGAGGCCUGGUCUCCCUGAGCGGAGCGCCUCUGACUCUGAGCGCAGCUCAGAUCAACCCGGGAUCCGGGGUACAGACGGUCAGCAUCGCAGGACUGGGCACAGCUGGGGUACAGGUGCAGGGCGUGCCCCUCACCAUCACCGGUCUACAGGGUCAAACACAGGGUCAGGAUGGGGUCAAAGUUCAGUCGUCUCCUGUGACCGUCACUGUAGGCAAUGUGGCGUCAGGUUCAUCCAUGAGUCCGGACCAGCUGGGCUCCGUUCAGAGUUCUUCGGACCAGGAGGGGCCGCCCAGCAAGAGGCUUCGACGUGUCGCCUGCUCGUGUCCAAACUGCAGAGACGGAGAGGGCAGGAACAGUGGGGACCCCACAAAGAAAAAACAGCACAUCUGCCAUAUGGAAGGCUGUGGGAAGGUUUAUGGCAAGACGUCCCACCUGAGGGCUCACCUGCGCUGGCACACCGGUGAGAGGCCGUUUGUCUGUAACUGGAUCUUCUGUGGCAAGAGGUUCACCCGGAGCGACGAGUUGCAGAGACACCGGAGAACGCAUACAGGGGAAAAACGCUUCGAGUGUCCCGAAUGCUCCAAGCGCUUCAUGCGCAGCGACCACCUUUCCAAGCACAUCAAGACGCACCAGAACAAGAAGAGCGGCGCCGCGGUGGCAAUCAUCACCACCGACGACAUGGAGGAAGACGCCCCGGAAGGCCUGGAAGCCUCCCCGCAGAUCGUGGCCGUCGCCACCCUCUCACGUGACUCUGACCCCGCCACACCCACCACCUCCAAUCACCUAGAGGAGGAGGAGGAGGAAGAGGAAGAGUUUGAAUAGGUGAAUGCCUCGUGCGUGCACGCAGAGGGCCGACUUCCUGUUUUUUUGGAGGUCUUUGCAGGGACUGUUUGGGUGUGUUGUUUUUUUUUUCUCUCUCUCUCUCUUAUUUUGAAAUUGCUUAUAGAGAUGGACUUAAGAGACAAAACGGUGGGAUGGACAGAAACCGAAGAAAGCUUCACAAUCUAGAAAAAAAACUAACAUAUAACAAAAAUUUAGACAGAAUGUAUAAAAGAUUAGUUUGGCAUUUAUAAAAAAAAAAAAAACUCGAUUAUGAUAAUUCCAUAUGCGGUGGGGAAAUGAAACGUAAGAAGAUGAGCACAAGACAGGGACACCUGCUGAAUCAAACCAUCCGCGAUUGAGAGACGUUUUCCUAACUGCAGCAGAAUCUAACUCUAUGCACAAAGUUGUGUUCCUGUUUCAACCUGUCAGACAGCGCUGAGGGUCAAUCAUGGUACAAGGCUGUUACCGAGCAGUGACAGCUGGGACAGUCUGGGGACGGCGUGUGCGAAUGUGUGUGCGAGUGUGUGCGUAUGUAUGUAAAAGCAAUAGCUGUUGGAAUGGCUGUGCGUUCCCCUGCUGUCCCGCGGAGGAUCUACCUAAUUUGAGUUUUAUUUAUGGUUCCGGUUUCAGGUUCAGUGCUCAGAUCAGAUUCAGGGGUUGAUUCCUGUGUGACCAGUCGACAAAUAAACUAUUCUUGAAUAUGAUGAUGGAUCAUUUUAAGGAAAUUUAAAAAAAGAAAAAAAGAAAAAAUGAGAGUAGAAAAAAAAGCACAUAUAUGGAGAUUUAUAAAUAAUGCAUUCCUAUUGAGGCGAAGUGGCCAUUAAAAAAAAAAAGGUUUCUAUAGAGAAAAACAAUCUAGCUUUCUACAACUUUGUUUGUGUUAGUGAAAGCAAUACUAUAAUGACAAUCCUAGUGAAACCAUGUUUACAUUGUCAGGGGGGGCGGCGUUUUCUCUGUUAAUAGGACAAGCCAGUUCACUCUAACCUUCUAGGGAAGACAUUGGAGCACAGUGCUGUCAUCUUCACUAACCAGCUUACUGAACAGGCGCCUCACGGUCGCACCGACGUCCCUGCUGCCGCAGCUCCAGCCAGUGCGCCAUACGACCCUCUCCAACACUGUGAGGUGGCCGGUUUUGUCGGACGGCACUGUCGUCACUGAUGCUGCUCUCCGUCCUCUGGUGACAGCCCCCCCCGUUUCCCCCCCCAACCGCUAAUCCCGUAACGUGACCGACGUACCACAAUUGCCUUAACACAAGCUGUUGUACGGAGGGAACUUCAGGCCGAGGUGGACGGAGAGGCGGAAGAGGAGGUGGAGGGAGGGAGGGGGGGGGUCAUGACCCAGAGAGCAGAGCACGGCGCAGGCAGGCGGGGGUCAGAUCAGGGUGAGCAGAUCUGCGGGCGGGAGCGGGGUCAGGCCGUUUUGCUAUGUGGAUAUUCCGAGAUGUUUCCUGGUGAUGUUGCUCUGUGUUAGUUCAGUGCGUACAUUCUUUUUAAAUUAAGGAAAAAAAAAAAAUCUUUAUUUUGAAGAAUUUAUCAAUCGUUUCAGUCCUACCCCCCCCCCCCCCCCCCCCCCCCUCCCCCCUCCCCGGUAUGUUAACACACACAGGACUCCACUGUGUAUGGCUAAUUUAUUAUUUAUCCUUGAUUUGUAAGAUUUGCCUUUUACUGGAUUCGUAUUUGUGUGCGUUGAUUCUGAGGUUGUGUACAGCAUGUUUCAGUUUUUUGCCGUAGUGCUGCUUCUCUCUUCUUUACUAUUUGUGCUUCUCUUUUCUUUUUUCUACGUCCGAUCAUUGCUGUUCAUUUCUUCUUUUUCUUUUCUCUUUGCGCCAUAACGUGUUUUUAGAGAAAAAUAAAUAACAAAAAAAAAAAAAGAGGAAGAAAGCAAAAAAAAGUUAAUAUUGUUUAAAAAGGAUGAUACCAAACAGAUUUAGAUGUUUUUGGUAAUAUUUUGUGUGACAACCGACUUUUUGUUUUCUUUGAUAUUUUGUAGUGACAUCUCAUUUGUAAAUCUUUUUCUAAAAGAUGUUUGUCCGUCUCCAUGACAUUUGAUAAUGGGUUUUUGCCGGGUUAGCCUCAAAGGCUCCAGUUUAUCAAUAUUUUUAAAACUGGUUUGUACAAAUGUGUUAUGUCGAAAUUGAGAAGAAAAAAAAAA